UUCUCAUUCGUCGUUUCCUUGUUUGUGCUUUCUUCAUUCGUCAGGUUUUGUGUUUUGUUUUUUUUUUAAAAAGGAAACUGAAAUAUGAAUGGCGAGGGAAAACUUGAGACUGGAGGACCUAGCGCCGCCGCACCAAAGAAGGAGGAAGAGGAUGAGGAAGAAGUAGUUGGCAACAGACUUGUCUACAUGUGGGGUUACUUGCCCGGAGCUUCGCCGCAACGCUCCCCUCUGAUGUCACCGGUCGAAGUGAAGAUCCCCUCAGCUGUUGGAAGUUCUUGGAAAGAUGUUUCCGGCGGUGGAUGCGGUUUCGCUAUGGCUACUGCAGAGUCAGGGAAGCUAAUAACAUGGGGUUCGACUGAUGAUCUAGGUCAAAGCUAUGUGACAUCUGGGAAGCACGGGGAAACUCCAGAGCCUUUUCCUCUUCCUCCAGAGGUUUGUGUACACAAAGCUCAGGCUGGAUGGGCUCAUUGUGUGGCUGUCACAGAGAAUCAAGAAGUUUAUACAUGGGGGUGGAGAGAAUGUAUACCCACAGGGAGAGUGUUCGGUCAAGUAGAGGGAGAUUCAUGUCAAAGAAACAUUUCGUUCUCAGCAGAGCAAGUGAGCCCCAGUUCUCAAGGAAAAAAAUCUAGUGGUGGAACGUCUUCUCAAACUGAAGCUAGAGGUAAAGGGGAAGCAACAAAGAAAAGGCGGAUUUCACCAGCAAAGCUAGCUGCUGAGAAUUCAUCACAGUCUGAUAACAACGACCUCUCGGCAUUGCCUUGCCUUGUAUCUUUGGCACCAGGAGUUAGGAUUGUGAGUGUUGCUGCUGGUGGACGUCAUACUCUAGCAUUAUCAGAUAUUGGACAAGUUUGGGGUUGGGGUUAUGGAGGAGAAGGACAGCUUGGCUUGGGCUCCCGUGUACGCCUAGUCUCCUCUCCUCAUCCUAUCCCAUGUAUUGAGCCUUCUUCUUAUGGAAAAGGCACCGUUUCUGGUGUAAACAUGAGUUCAGAAGUGCAAUGCGGCCGAGUUCUUGGAAGUUAUGUAAAAAAAAUUGCAUGUGGAGGGCGGCACAGUGCUGUUAUUACAGAUACUGGAGCACUCCUUACAUUUGGUUGGGGGCUUUAUGGACAGUGUGGCCAAGGAAGUACAGAUGAUGAACUAAGUCCAACAUGUGUGUCAUCUUUGUUGGGAAUCCGAAUAGAAGAAGUGGCUGCAGGUCUAUGGCACACGAUCUGCGCUUCAUCUGAUGGGGAUGUGUAUUCAUUUGGUGGAAACCAAUUUGGACAGUUAGGCACUGGUUGUGAUCAAGCUGAGACUCUUCCAAAAUUAUUGGAGGCUCCAAAUUUGGAAAACGCAAACGUAAAAACAAUCUCGUGCGGUGCUCGUCACACCGCUGUAAUCGCAGAUGAAGGGAAAGUAUUCUGCUGGGGAUGGAACAAAUACGGACAGUUGGGUCUAGGAGAUGUGAUUGACCGGAAUGCUCCAUCAGAGGUUAGAAUCAAAGACUGCGUCCCCAAAAACAUUGCAUGCGGUUGGUGGCAUACUCUGCUUCUAGGCCAGUCCUCUCUCUGAACAGACUUGACACACUCCAAAUUUUGUUAGGGGUUUUAUUAGAGCAAACGAUCAGAUUUUUUUCUGUUUGACCCUUUAUUUUAUAUACACGUUAGAGGUAUACUUCUGUACAUACACCAGCAGCAUUUUUAUGCAAUGUAAGUCUUGAGUUAUCCAGCUUUUGUUUCUUCUGAUAAUUUAGCUUAACUUAAAAAAGAGGAUAAUCCAUUUUUAUGCAACGUAAGUCUUAUCUUUUGUUUCAAGUGAAGUUCUUUUUGCUCUUAUCAA